CUUAAUGAAUGGUGUUGCGUCUUCAACAAAAACGUCAAGAUGAAAAUCUGCACGCUCAUUCUCGGAUGUCGGAUCAGCUGAUCGUUUAUUUACCAGCAACUGUGCUGUGAACUACAGUGAUGUCGACCAGCUAAAGAAGCUGCGGCUGCUGCAGGAGACCUCUCUGUCUGGUACCUUCUCUGUCAGAAACGCAAAUGGCUGUGAUGAGGAAGAGGUUUGUUUCCUCCUCAGCUGGGGAAGAGGAUACGAACCUCUGGGAGAAUCCUCAUACUUCUGAAUCUGACCAGCCCAGUGAGGAACACCCUUAUGCAUCUCUGCUGUGCUGUCACAACAUCCAGGACUCGCUGCUGAGCUCCAACAGUAACUUCACAGGAUACAGAGGCAUCCUCAACUGGAUUAUCAUUUUGCUCGUCCUGACUCAUGCCCACCUGUUCUUAGAGAACUUCAUACAACAUGGCUUCCUAAUAGAUGUGAGAAAGGUGUUGGGUCAUCUGAUUGAAGACAGCUGCAACUGGCCAUCGGUCAACCUCCUUCUGGCUGCCAACCUGUUUGCUUUGUUAGCUCUCUACUUGGAGAAGACUCAAGAAAAGGGGGUGCUGUCUUCCACCACCAGCCAUCGUUUACAUCUCAUAAAUCUGGGGCUUCUUCUACUGCUUCCUGCUGUGGUCAUCCGAUAUGAGCCCAGAAUAUCAACAGGUGGAGCAUUCUUCUCUCUUUGGUUCUACAUUAUUCUUAGUCUGAAGCUUUAUUCCUACCAGGAAACAAACUGCUGGUACCGCCAGGCUCUUUUAGAAGCAGCCCGCGUUGGAUCUGUCACACAAACAGGCCAUAAUGAGAAUUUGACUCUGAAAGAUCUGUAUUAUUUCCUCUGUGCUCCAACUUUGUGCUACCAGAGAGACUUCCCACGCACCCCAAAGGUCCGCAUCAAUAAGCUGCUGCACAGGUUGCUGGAAAUGGUGGUUGUCAUUCAGAUCAUGGUUGCCAUCGUGCAGCAGUGGAUCGAGCCGAUCUUCCAGAAAUCGGAGAAGCCCUUCACCAGUAUGGACAUAACUUUGAGGGUGAAGCACCUUGUUGGCCUAGUGGCGCCAACCCAUUUCCUGUGGCUCCUCUUCUUCUUCUUGACUCACUCCUACCUGAACUUCUGCGCAGAGCUCCUUUGUUUUGGGGAUCGACAUUUUUACGGAGACUGGUGGAAUGCUCAAACUCUGAUCUCCUUCUGGAACACCUGGAAUAUUCCUUUCCAGAAGUGGAUUAACAGGCAUGUUUACGCACAGCUGGUGGAGAGGAAUGUUUCCCCAACAAAAGCCGAGUUCCUGGUCUUCCUGAUGUCUGCUGCUCUCUGUGAGUAUCUGGUCGCUCUGCCUCUGCACAGCUGUCGUCUGUGGAUUUUCCUUGUUAUGGUAUCAGAGCUGCUGGUUGCAGUGUUCCUGGGAAACUCCUUCCAGGGUAACUAUGGUAACGGUUUGGUGUGGCUGUGUCUGCUGCUCGGCCCUCCUCUGGCUGUGACUACCUACUUCCAUGACCAUUACAUUGGCUCCCAUCACCACAGUCGCUCCAUCUCUGCACCGCUGGCUUCAGACCACAGGGUUUUCCUACAGCUUUAUUAAUAUUUGAAUACAUAGACAACUAGGUCUUAAAAUGGGCAAUAAAUGAUUAAUUGUUCUUUUUUUUAUUGACAUCCAUCAGCUUGAAAAAGUAGCUGUAACAUGCAGGAGAAGUGAUUAUUCUUGUCAGAUGUGAUUGAGACACAUAAAACCAUACUUUUUUCCCAGCAUACUUGUGGACCAACAUGCAUGACGAGAUGGUGCUGAUUUUACGCGUACCUACCAGUUAAGUCUGACUCUUUGUGGAGGAAGGGGCCGCUGGAUUUAUUGCCUAGCAACAGGGAGAAUUCAGGAUGAGAGACAUUGACUGCAUUUAUAUUAAACACGACAUACUCCUCAGUGUGUUUACAAUUGUAACAUACCUCAGUAAAUAAACAGCAAAAAUGGA